AGUACCAAACUGGGUUAUUUCUCCAGUGUAGAUGUAGCCUUGGUUGAGAAAUCUGUGGAAUCUUGCAAAGGAAACACAUUUCUUGUUUCUUGGAGAGCAUCAGGGAAAAGCAAAGGAGAGGCUGUGUCUGGUUUGUGUGCCAAAGAGGAGGUGAAGGACUGCAGAGAGUGGGUUGUGGAUUGCUUGGCUCUUUCAGAAAAGUUUCUCUCUCUUCUCUCUCUCUCUUUCUCUGGCUGGAAGGCGAGCUCCCAUCGCCUGGAGUCUCCUGCUCCUGUUUAACAUUCCGCUUGCUCCACUGCUGUUGUGCUUGGCUCCUGUGGGGCUGCCAACUCCCGGCUUGAAACCGGAGCCAAUUUUCUGUCUUCUAAGCUCCGUGUUUUGACUGGAGGCAGAUCCAGUUCAGCCCAAUCGGGGCUGGUGGAAACAACGACCUCAGAGUCUCGCUUGGGGAGGGAAAGGAAAAGAAGGAAAGGAGAAGAAGAAGAGGAGAGAGAGAGAGACAGAGACACACACACAAGGCACACACACAAUGUCGUUGCCGAGGUCGCUGCGCCAGGAGAGAAGCCAGUGAUCCUCUUGCAAUCCCGGAGCAUCGCUUGGAGAGAGAAAGAAAGAGAGAGCCGCGAGGAUGACUCUGGUGCUGCCCCUGAGCAGCAGCAGCAGCUUCGGCGAGCCCAUUGUCUCUUCCGAGGGAGCUGCCACCGAGUUCCAGCCGCUCUGGGAAGCCAGGUGUUGCAGCAAGAGCAGCAGCAGCAGCCCAGCUCCUGCGGAGACAGCACCAGCGCCAGCAGCAGCAGCAGCCUCCAGCAGCACCAGUCACACCAGCAGCCAGGGCCAGCCCACGCCAUCCCAGCACCAGCAUCAGCAUCCUCCGCCUCUGGGCAGCGAGGGCCGGGCAUCCUCUGGGCAUCCUCCUGCAGCAGGCUCACACCACAGAGGAAUUUCAAAUCCUCUAGCAACAUCCAAGAUCACAUAUUUUAAAAGAAAAUAUGUAGAAGAAGAAGAUUUUCAUCCACCGCUCAGCACUUCUUCACCUAAAACAAUAUCUGUCUUUGAGGAGCGUGCACAUAUCCUUUACAUGUCAUUGGAAAAGUUGAAGUACAUCGAUGAUCCUGAGGUCUACCUAAGGAGAUCUGUCCUCAUAAAUAAUUUGAUGAAGAGGAUUCAUGGAGAGAUCAUCAUGCAAAACAACUGGUGUUUCCCUGCAUGCUCUUUUGGCAAUCCUUCAGCCCAAGAGUGGUUUGUGUCUCAUGACUGUCCUUACAGGAAACGCCUUCGGAUGACACGGGAGGAUUGUGAAAAGGUCCACACCUGCUGCUUUUAUCAAGAAUGUGGCAGCCACUAUUUAAGUUUACCAUUAUCUACUAAUUCUGCAACAGGGAGUCCCUCUUCUUCCUCUGCUUCGACCUCCUCCUCCUCCUCUUCCAUAUCUUUGCCAGGUUGUUCACAACAGGUAGAAUAUGGUGUCAGCAAUGUCCCUGUCUACAGGAAUGAUGAUCAGAUAAAUGCCAAUGAGAUUUUCAUUACUAAUGCUGGGCCACAUGGGCAUCAGGAUAAGACAGUGUUAGGCAACGAGAAAGGAGGCCAUGAAAUGGAGCGAGACCGUGCUUCAGACUGGGAACCUAUGAAAAGUGACCAUGGCAUUGAAUGUAAAAAUAAAUAUUAUGAUUAUUUUGAGACGGGGCAAGAUGACAAGAGCAACAUGAAUGAAUCAUGGAAGAAAUCCUUACGAAAAAGGGAAUACUUGCCAGGCAGCAAAAUAUGUUGCAGUAAAGGAAGUAAAAUCUGAACCAUAUUCCAUAUAAUUGCAGUUCUGAAGAACACACAGCAUGUUGAAUUUAUCAAACUAAAUUUCUGGAUGGAUCUUCUUAUACUUUUAUACAGACAAUACAAUCAUGUCAUAAGCUUCAUGGAUAGUUUUAAUGACUGGGGAGCAGAUUGCAUCAAAGCGUAUGUAUGGUCUGCAUCACAGAACUAUUUAUAAAUAUAUGGAAUUAAAAAGCACAGUUGAAUUGUGAUAUAUAAAUAUAUUUUAGCUUUCAUUGCUGAAAGAACCAAUAGACCAGAUGGAGAAAACAUAACCCUUCUGAGGUUUGCCCUAGGGAGUUUGACAUGAUUUAAGAAGAAUCUCCUUUAUGCUUAUCAAUUAAUUAUCUAUUUGAAAAGCAAAUUAUUACCAGCAAAGGGGAGGUAUACUUCUUGCCCAACAAGAAUGGCUUUGAGAAAGACUGUGUAUAGUUGAAGAGGAAUAAACCUAUGCCAUGAUCUAGUAUUGACACCCUUCAGAAGUUUUUACAUGUCUGGUCUAAACAAAAGGGUGCAAUAACAUCUUUCUGUGGAAUCUUAAUCAGAAACCAUGUACAAUUCCAGCACAUGUACAGUGUUUAUCUAAGCUGCAAGAAUGAAAGAGCCUUAUGGUGGUCUGUUGCUAUAAAGGGCAGAAUUUCUUUGGUGCCUUACUUUUUAUCUUAAUUUUUCCAGUGAGAAAAUUAAGUUAAAAAACAAACAAAAUAAAACAGCUACAGCAGGGAUGUAACCUAAACAGGAAAAAAAUUACAGGGUGGAUAAAUAUUAUUAGAAACCUGUAUCCUUUGAAAUAGAGAAUUUGAUUUCCAAUUCAAAUGCAUCUAUUCUUCUUGUUUGCUCAAUUGCUUUUUUUGGUUUGCCAUCCUUAGGAAGGGAUUGAAGAAAAAACACAGAGGUCUCUUGUAAACAAGCAUUAGCUGCUUGAACAUUUCUAUGGCAACUGUCUGUUGCUGUAAUUUUUCCUUUUUGUUUCUGGUAUAAUGAAGUUCAUGGACCAGUGGCAUGCUUUUAUACUUUACUCUGUUUCAAAUCAUUUUCUCUCUUUAAAGUUGUAAAGAGCAUGUACUGGGAUUUCCUAUAAUGUUAGGGUUUUUUAUUCUGGAAAAAGCACAAUGUGGUGAUAUAAGAUUUUUAUCUGAAAUGAAUGUAAAGGUUUUAAUCUUAUUUUUAAAGAUUCUCUUGGAGAAACAGGGAAAUAACUUUCAUUUGUUAGACACAAAUUUUGAUCAUCUUCAGAUGUCCUCAUUUUAAAAAUGCACAUGUGAGAUAAGAUCUGGCUAAUGUUCCACACUUCUGAAUCCUAAUAAUAACUGUGGGAAGAUUACACAUUCAAUGAAUUUGGCCCCAUUGGAAGUGCUGAGAUUUGGUGUGUGUGUGGCUGAAAGACCCAGGAAACAGACUGGGAAACAAAUAUGGAACUUGGAAAACUUUGAACCACAACUCCUCCAAUUUCCCAAUCAAUGGCCAUGAUGGUUGAAGAUUUCCUGCAUGGCAGGGGGUUGGACUGGAUGGCCCUUGCGGUCUCUUCCAACUCUAUGAUUCUAUGAUUCUGAGAAUUAUAAUCCCCAAAAGUAACACUUCCAAACUUUUGGAAGAUACCACAUUUUUCAAAGAAAGGUU